AUGAAAGAGAUACAGUCCAUCGCUCAUCUCUCAACGAGCGGUUCUUCUGAACAAUACCAUACCAUGGCCAAGUCGCGAUUCGAGUACGUUAGGCAAUUCGAAACAAAUGAGGUUCUUCUGCCGGAAACUUACAUUGUGGUGAGAAUCGAUGGCAAGAAAUUUCACGAGUUUUCCAGAACGUAUGAAUUCCAAAAGCCCAAUGACUUGCGUGCUCUGAAACUUAUGAAUGCAAGCGCUAAAAACGUGGUGAUGAAGUACCAACAUGAGGUUGUGUGUGCUUUCGGUGAAAGCGACGAAUAUUCGUUCAUUUUGCGCAAAGACACGGUUCUUUUCAAAAGACGACAGAAUAAGCUAAGUUCACUAUUCGUGUCCCUGUUCACCGCUAACUAUGUUGCAUUGUGGAGCAAGUUUUUUCCCGACGUUGCGCUGGAUUACAAAAAUUUGCCGUUUUUCGACUCCCGGUGUGUGUGUUAUCCCAGUUUGACCACGAUAAAGGACUAUUUGAGCUGGAGAUACGUCGAUACACAUAUCAAUAACCUUUACAACACUGUUUUUUGGCAAUUGAUCGUUAAGUGCGGAUUGACCCCGCAGGAAUCUGAACAGAAACUGUGUGGAACUCUCAGCAGCGACAAACAGGAGAUUCUUUUCACAAAGUGUGGCAUAAAUUACAACAACGAGCCAGAGAUUUUCAAAAAAGGGUCUCUCAUCAACAAGAAGGGCGAAAUAUUGCAUAUCGACGUGAUCAAAAAUAUCGAUGCUCUGUUUGAAGGAUUCUGA